AUGUCUCUUGCUUCCACCUCGGGUCCAGUCGGCCUAAACAAGGCUACACCACAUUCUCUUCUACCCUAUCUGAGAACACAAACAGCCAGCGCGCUGAACCGCCUUUACCAGCGACCGUCAUCAUGUCUACCCGUAUUCCGAUUGCUAGACCCGCUAUCUCGGCAGAUAGUCAUGAAUCUUCUCUGGUUAGAUUCCUCUAUGCCAAUAACCACUAUGCUGUCUUGGAUAACCAUGGAAGGUCAAGAGGCGUUUGAUGAAGCAAUGGUGCUGUUGUCAGCAUUGAGGAUACUAGAUACGAAGGAUGGGAACCCUUCUGAGAAGCUUCUUCUGUCAGCCACGUUUAAAAGAAGCUUGAGGCAAGCUCUUACAGGAGGAGAUACCUCUGCCAGCUUUGGUGUACCGGCCGAGCCUGAAGAUCACAAAACUCCCCCGACAGUAGCGGCCCUGGACGGCUAUGCGGUCGAACGCUGGGAAACCAUACUACAUUAUAUGGUCUCGUCGGGUACGGGCGCGCCAGUUCGGCAACCGUCCUUGGGUGUACUUCACCUGCUCACCGAGGGGAAACUUAUGGCUUCUUGGACUGGAAACCCGCAGAAUAUGCGAAUAACGUCCGAUGGCUUCCAGUUUCUUCUGCAUACACCACACGAGCAACUAUGGCAACUAUUGUUGCAAUACCUGUCGUUAGCAGAGGGACGGAGGAUGGACCCCGUCGAGGUGCUGAGCUUCUUCUUCAUGCUUUCUACCAUGGAACUCGGCUGGGAAUAUGCCACUGCGUCGCUCAGUGUGACGCAACAAGCCAUGCUCGAAGACUUGCGCGACUACGGUUUGGUGUGGCAGCGCAAACCGAAAUCUAGACGGUUUUGUCCAACACGACUUGCUACAACUCUGACAUCCUCUUUGCCAAGUCUCCCCACAUCCUCUGCAGCGUCUACAAACACAGCUGCCACAGCAUCUGAAACGGGAGCGACCGCGGAAGGGUUCAUCAUCCUGGAGACAAACUACCGUGUUUACGCGUACACCAAUAACCCGCUGCAAACGGCUGUUCUGAACCUAUUUGUCAAUAUGAAGGCACGCUUUCCGAACCUCGUCGUAGGCAUGAUUACGCGGGAGAGCGUACGCCGCGCUCUAACGAACGGAAUUACGGCUGAACAGAUAAUCAGCUACCUAACGACCUACGCGCAUCCGCAGAUGCGCAAGUAUAACCCUCUCAUACCUGUCACAGUCCAAGAUCAGAUACGGUUGUGGGAGCUUGAGCGCAACCGUAUGAAGUCCGAUGAUGGAUAUCUAUAUACGGACUUCUCAUCGCAGGGGGACUACGAACUCUUGUUGGACUACGCAAAAAGGCAGGGCUUUGUGCUUUGGGAGAGCGCACCUAGGCGGGCGUUCGUUGGGAGAGCUAGCGGGCAUGCUUCGAUUAAGUCGUUCGUUGAGCAAAAGGGCAUGCCGGCUGGAAAUGUCCAUUCUUACGGUUGA